AAUGAAUCACGAAGAUAACAUUGCCCACUCCUGCUCAACGCUCACAGGUGACACGAAGUCGGCCACAAAAGCAAAAUUAUUGCGACCAACAUUUUUGAGCUGCCACUCGCUUUCGAAGCCACCUUUAUCAUCACCUUAGCACCGAAUAGCCAAACCUAGUCCGUCUUAUCUUAGCUCUGGAAAGAUAGUCCCUUUUGUGUUGAUCGGGUGAUAGAAGAUGGGUUUGUUCAGCAAGAAGAGCAAGAAUUCGGAGCAAAAGAGUACAACUGUUCCGAAGAAAACGUUGUCGCCAGUUUCAUCGUCGACGAACAGUCGAUACGUGUCGCCCACUCUCGAGAAAAUUCCAUCAGAUCUCUCGAAGAACCAAGUUCCUAGCUCUCCUCGUGCAACUCGUCAAACUACGUCUUCUUCGUUGAGAGCUCUGCCACCUUCACCGAAUCGUAUUCAGUCGCCUUACGCUCAAAAGGACGAAGCAGACCCCGAGAUGAUGUCGGUAGAGAAGGAGGACAAACCAUCCGUGACAGAAGAUAUUGUGGCGGCUUCUACAUCUGAAAGUCACACUGAUGAGGAGGAGGAUGAAGAGAUGGUAAUGGUUCGUCCUCGUAAUGGCGAAAGUGAGAAACGCGACGACGACGUCUCUGAUGUUAACCCGGUCGACACUGGCGACGAACAGUCAGAAAUGGUCUAUGGUACCAGCAAGAACAACUCCAGCCACCUUAACAGUCUCUUCAAUGGUCACUUGAUGAAAUGGAAGUUUGACGCUGAAGAAGGACCUGGGUACAUUCGUAUCCCAGCUUUCCUGUCUGGCCUUGGCCUCAUUGGUACCACCACAGCUGCCUUGGUUCUCUAUCCCGUUACUUGGACAAUCAGUUCCAUUGUGAUCUCGGUCUUUGUCUACAUCAUUGCCAUUGCGGUAGUUGUUUUGGAUGGUCGAUUCUUGUCCUACAGUCCUCUGAGCAUCCGGGCACAUUUGCGAAACGUCAUCACGCGCCACUUUGGAAUCUUCCGCUACCUCUGGGGUCGUGGUAUCUUGUACUUGGCCGGUGCCGUCUUGAGUGCUUCUUUGAUGAUUCACAUGACCAUGAUCAGUGGUGCUGUCAUGUUUUUGGUCAGCGUGUUGGCGAUCUUUGUGGGCUCGUACUCUUCGCGAAAGUUUGCAGCUCUACGUCAUUCGCUUUCGGACGAGUCCUUCUUGUUGCUUGAAUUCAGCAAUGUCGACUAUGACGACGACGGUUACAUCAACCCAUCUGAGUUUGCAUCUCUGUUGACUUCGCUUGGUAUGGAAUUGGACGACAGGUACUGCUUGAAGGCUUUCAACAGUAUGGAUACGGACCACGACCGCAGAAUCUCCUUCGAGGAGUUCUGCCACUGGUGGUCCCAAGGGUACAUUGAACGCGGGCGAAAACCGGCGGCAGAUGGCGACGAGGAAUCGUAUCAUCGCUUUGUGUAACUCACGCGAGACCAAGUUUGAGCGAAAACGAGAGAGAGAGAGAGAGAGAGCACAAACGUAAGAGAUUGCGAGACUUGUGUGUCCCUCAGACAGUGCCCAAGCGAUUGAGAAGAGAGAAAGGAGCGAAGACUCGAUCUGACGUACAUCUGAGGCGGCGUGCUGGUGUACUAAUGGCGGGCGGGCCACUUUCGCUUUCUUUUCCCCUUUCGGUCUCUCUCAUCCUUCACGGAUGCUUUGCUUUGAUGAUGCCGCAUCCGUUGCCAGUUUAAAAUGCAUGUUCUGUUUUGUUUUCCGUUGUUUCGAGAAAGAAGACACGGGCAAGAUCCGAUCGAGUAUAUACGGUGUACUUGUACUUACGAUCCUAUCGCUAGCCAUGUCUAUCCUUCCUACGUAUCCUAUAUAUGCCAUCAAUUAGGAAAAAUAGAAGCUAUCCAUGACUACUUUUCAUUUCUUUACCACAAAUACUUCCCCCCUCUUGCUUGCC